AUGGUGCAUAUCCCCAUCCUCAAGAUUGAUGUGCCGGACCCAGACAUCUCGGCGCUGCUGCCGGCAACCGUGGCGCUGGCUAUCAAUGUGCUGACAGCAGUGCACGACGCUCUGUCCGACUUUCUGCGGCCGUUGUCGCCAGACGCGCGCGAGCUGUAUGAGCAUGCGCGCGUCGCGGCGCUGCCAAGGGAGAUCCGCAAGGCGCGCAAGCGCAUUCGCGAUCGCCGCAUCGAGGACGUGGACAAGCAGUCGAGCGAGCUGGAGGAGGCCGGGUUCUCCUUUUACCGCCGCAUGAUCCGAACCAACUGGGUUGGCCACAGGGACGAGGGAGUCGAGGAUGCCAGCUUCAGGCGCCUCAUGACAGCGGCGCGGCCGGGCGAUGCCGCGGUGGGCGCGAGCGGCAGCGGCUGGGAGGAUGGGAACCUUUUGCAGGUGCAGGACCAUGGGCAGCGCAGCCAGCAGCAGUGGCGGCGGCAGCAGCAGCAGCAGCAGCAGCAGCAUGACGGGGACGUCACCUUACCAGGCCGCGCUCAGCGCGCUGUCGUGACAUCUGUGGCGGGCAGCGUUGGCCUGGUUAUAGGCAUGGGCCUGGUCGUUUUCUGGGCGUUCGUGCAGUAG